AUGCCUACCGUCUACGCGAAGCUGGGUUCUGCGACGCCUUUCACCAAAUAUGAGGUCCAUCUACCCUGGCGACUACGGGAGUCAUCAUCUCAAGAUCCAUACCGCCGGAUUCUUGACCCUAAGAUUGCCACUGCUCUUCGUGGUAGGCCUAAGAACACUUCGCAGCCUGUGCCUGCGAGACUGGCUAUCGGCGGGAACAGCCAAAGCGUGAGUCAAUUGACCAGCCUGCCGGCAAGCCAGCCCACAGGCGUAAACGAGGUCGGCCAGCGGGAAGUCGAAAUAAAUCCACACUCGCCAGGCUUUCGCAAGAAGCAAGCCAAGCGAGUAACACGCAGGCAAGUAUUCAGGUCAGCAUAUCGACCCAGCGCCAGACACGUAGUCAGUCAGCUACCCUUGGAUCUGGAAGAACAACAGGAAUUCGUGCCAGCGGUCGGAGGACGCAACCUAGCAUCCGGAGGACAAGGAGUCAAUGGGAGCUAG